GUUUGGACAAUGUGGGACUUUUCCGAGUGAGUGGGAAUGUUCGGAUCGUGGAGAGGAUGAGGAUGCAGUUUGAGCUGGUGGGCGACGUGAACUUUGAGGAGGAGAAUGACACAGCAGCUGUGGCGGGCUUGCUGAGGGUGUUCCUCCGAGAUCUCCCGGACACCCUUGUUCCUGCCGGUCUCACCAAGCACUUCUUCUCCAUUGUUCAAGAAUCUUCCACGGAUACAGAACUGAUCCUGCCAGAGAUCAAAAGGGCGUUGAAUAUGCUGCCAGAAGAAAACUACAAUGUGUUGAAAUACAUCUGUUCCCUCUUGGUUGUUGUAGAUGAACAUAAAGAUGAGAAUAAGAUGUCUUCAUAUGCGCUGGCAAUUGUGUUUGGACCCAAUAUAUUCAAAUAUGAGUUGACCUCCGGUGUUGAUGGUUUGAGAGACAUGGAUUCCAGUAAGGAUGUCAUGCAACUCUUCAUUACAGAGUAUGACACUUUGUUUCUGGAAGAUGGAGAUCUCAGUCCCAAAAUGUUCUGGGAGACGUGCAACUCGAAAAAGUCUCCCCCUCCUAGGCCACCCCCGCCCAAAGUGCAGUCGUUGCCAUUGUUCAGUACGCUGUCGUCAGUUGAGAUGACCCCAGCCUCCUUGACCUCCUCCGCGUCAUCCUCCUCGUUAGACUACAGACCUGUGCCCUCGCCCAGGAAGAUAAAAAACAUUUAUGAAGUAAACACACUCCCCGAGUCAGAAGACAGGCAGACGCCAACAUUGGGCGUGCACAAUUCUGUUCCUUUGUUCAGCCCUAGAGAGGAUAUUGACCACAGCAGAGCCCAUUCUCCCUUUGCUUUGGAAAGUGAAACUCAUAGCAUCAUAGAAUCUCCGAUGAUCACAGCGAGGACGAAUGAAUUUGUUGAGAAGACCAUCGUUGAAACUAUAUCAGAACACAUUUUCGGAGGAAUGGAUUUCAACCAGAGUUCAGGGCCUCAUACUCCAAGAUCACCCCAAAAGGCUGCUGUAGAUGCAAUUGAUUUUACAGAUGGAACUUCCGUGGAUCACCCAGUGGUCAAGCCAAGGACCAGCAUGAUGUCGAGACCAGGCCCAAGUUCUUCAGCCGCGCAUUCUAGUCAGCACCCAGAGGAUGGAUAUCAAGGAAAAGUGUUACGAGACUUUGACAAAAUUGAAAGAAGUGACAUGCUGACUGGGCACAAGAAACCUUCAGGCCCACCUCGUCGCUCCCCCAGUCGCAAACAUCGGCGCAGCUGGGAGAGUGAGGAGAGCUCGGAGCACAGCGAGUCCCUCCCGGAGACGGCCAUUCUAGUUUCCAACGGAAAUUUUCAGAUGCACUCUGGGAACCGAUCGUCCAACAACCACCUGUCUCUGGACAACAGCAUGGAGGAGUACGGCAGGGACAUGGAGGAUCUCCACAACCUGGACAGCCCGACCAUCAGGGCCAAGAGUAUGCGGAGAAAUGACAAUCAGGCAUUGGUCCUCAACGGUUUGGGCGCCCGGGACGGAGCUGGCAGCCCCCCACAAGGAAACGAAGCCACAGGCCUGGUUGAUAAGUCACCUUCUAACGGCAUCAAGCUGUUUAUCCCUCCGCUGGACCUGACCACCCUGCAUGAGCACGUGGACGGUGCCGAGCCAAUCCCAGUGACCAAGGGUCAGUUAGAUCCUCAAAAGUGGAUGACCAACAAUCAGCUGGGAGCCACUGAAGGAGACAACGUGGCUGUCAUUUCUCCAAGAUCAAACAAACUGAAAAAGAGAAAUGGCGGUUGGGAUACAGAAUUGACUGUGGAGGCUGACUCUGUCGUCAUGGAGGCUCCCAUGUCGCCUAGUGCUGCUUUUGGUAGCAGUAGCUAUUUCAGGGCCUCGGUGAACACAGACAUCCCACCAUCUCCGCCAGUGCAUCAAGACUUGUACAAGAAACACAGUGAUGAUGACUGCAGCCAUCGCCUCCGUCAACUCACCAAGAAAAUACAAGGCUUGAAAAAGAAAAUUAAGCACUUUGAAGAAGGUUUCGAAAAGGAUCAUGGAUACAGGCCGUCUCAAGGGGAAAAAGCUGCCCAGCCAGACAUAAAGAAAUACAUGAAUGAAUUGUCAAAAGCAAGAAAAGACUUGAAACGCUUAAAGGAAGACACAGAAAAAGGAAACCGGUCUCGACACAACAGCGGGGCUUCGUCAUCAGGUGUGGAGCUAUCCCCACCAGCCACACCGUCCGUGUCCAACACACUGGAGUUUAUCCUGAAAUGUUUGAAGGAGAAGCGGAGAGAUUCUGGAAGGCCUGAGGAGGUUUUGCUGAUGUCGAGAGAACAAGUGCAUGACGAGAAGUUGGCCGUACAGAGAGCUUUGCUGCACUUUGAGGGACUGCAUGGGAGGCCGUGUACACGAGAUGAAAAAGAUCUGAUGCGACCGUUAUACGACAGGUACAGAUCCAUCAAGAGAAUACUGGCCAGACCUGUGUCUCCUCGCAAUUCCCUUGAACUGCAAACGGUGCCGGAAGAUCAGAUGAUUGAAAUUCCUGUUACGUAUCCUAGAAAUACCAUCCACAUCCCCACUGCCGAUCCGGACGAGGACGGUCCGAGCACGCCCGACUUUGGCACGUCAGAUUUUGGCCUGGUCACCAGAGAUCUGACCGUGCUCCGAGACCUGGGCUUUCCUCAACAAAGGUCUUCCUACAGCAAUGUCAACGAUGAGGGUAUGCAACAGCCAGGAGGAGGAGGAGGAGGGGGCUCGGAGGAGGCGGAGGACUCGGGAGGAGAUGCUCACCUUCAUGAGCUUUCCUUGUCAGAACUUCAUGUUGAGAUUGAGUCCUCAAGAGUACAGAAGAAAAAGUUGCGGCGUUGUUUGAAGGAAUUUGAAGAGAGUUUUGUUGAAAGGAAUGGAAGGAAAGUUCAAAAGGAAGAUAGGCAUCCUUUACACAAAGAGUACAGCGAAUAUAAAAAAGUGAAAGCGAGGUUACGGCUGAUGGAGGCCCUGGUGUUGAAGCAUCAAGAGUAACUUGAGAAUUUUUCAUUCAUUCUUUCCAUCAUACAUCAUGUUCUUUAUCACCAUUUUUCUCAUAUUCUCUCCCUUCCUGAGAGGUAAAUAUGUAUACUGAAGGCUGAGACUUUAGAAUUGGCAUCAUGUAUCUGAAAAGGAAGAAUACCCUUUAGGCAGAUUAACUCUUUUUGUGCCUUGAUUUAUCUGCGCCCGUUCAUUUGGUCUGAAGAAAAAUGAGGGUGUAUAUAGAUGCUUGGCACAGAGAGAGUUAAUGAACUCUGUUGACCACUGUUAUCACUUGUGCAUGCUGUACAUAUGAGACUGUUUUGUUUUCCGACCACUGAAUAAAUCAGCUGUUGUGAAGUCUUUCCUACCAGUUUUUUGCUGCUCUACUAUCGGAGCUACUUUCAGACUCUCGGAGUGAGAGACGAGACAGUUCCUGUUGACCUGUUGAUUCAGAUGUCUGUUGAAUUUACAAGUGCCAGAAAUUUUUCUGCCAUGGCGACACUAUUAAUUAUUGGAAAUAAAGGCAGAUUAUUUGAAUGAUGAUCUAUCACAAAGAUUUUCUUCAAAUUUAUUUUUGACUUAAUUUUUUUUCCUGUCAUAGACAAUUUUUAAUUCGUUUCCCUUGUGCCACAUUAUAUGGUGCAGCAAACCGAGAAAUUUUGUUCCCAUGCUGUGAGGGAAAGUAAUCUGAAAAAUAAUUUUUAACCACUUGUUUAUAAUUAAUUUUAUUAAUUCAUAGAUAAUUUUAAAGAAAAAUUGUUUCUCGUCAUUUUUAUUACAACCUUUAUCAUUUCAAUUUCGGCAAAAUCAAGACUGUUUUCCUCCCCUAAAAAGGUGUGAUGAAGUAACUCUUUUGAUAGAUUAUAAUGGAGCUUCAGUCCUCUCCAUGACUUUGAACAGAGAUAGAUACUGAUGUUUAUUAUGAUGUACCAUGAUACAUUGUGUAUGACUUUUCCAGCCCAUGGCAUUUGUCUUGAAAUACAGUAAAUUCCUGUGUUUUGCCUGAGCCGAAUAGGUGUGUGGGCAAUGAGUUACCUACACUGUUAAUAGUUACUGAAAUGUAAGAACUUUUUGUUUCUUUUGAAAAUGAUAUACAGUCACUGUCUGUUUUAAUUGCCUGUAUCAAGGCAAUGGUCAACUGUAGGUCACUGCUGUCUUUAGACAAUUGUCGUUUUCAGUAUGGUUGGUUUGUGUUUUCAGCACAUUAUUUGUUCAGUCUUAUUCUGAAGGAGUUUAACAGGUCAUUGUUGGGUAGUGUUUGACACGAUGUAGAUCAGGCAGGGCUGAUCAAACUACGGCUGGCCCGCAAGAAGUUUCAGUCUAGCCCGUGGGUUUACCCAGUAAUUAAUAAUGAACGUGGCUCACAGUAAGGUGAUAAUUAAUAAAGAACAAAACUGUCCGUCUUGAAAAUUAAAAUCAAAUAGUUUCGAGACUAAUUGGAUGCAGACCUCAUGAAAUGUUCUUGAGUGACAUAUGCUAUAGCAUCAGUUUUAUUUUCAUUUUUGAAAGCUGAGGCAUUUUGACAACUUUCAUCCAAUUUUUCAUGAUUUGACUCUUGCGAUAUUUGGAAUCACUUAAUCUAGCCUGCACUUGAAUGCGCUCGCCCAAGCCUAAUGUAGAUUGUGUCAAAAGAUUCUAAAAAGCAGAUGUUGUUACAUAACUUAUUCUUUACCACAACUGAGAAGGAAAUGUAUACUUAAUAUUUCCACCAUGCUAUCUACAUUUCAGUUUUUGUACAACCAGAUCUCACAGGUAAUAUGAUACUACUAAGUGAAAGAGAGAAGACCUUGAAAAGUUGUAGAUGUAAGUGGUAAAAUAAACACAUUGCUUCAUAUGUUGGUUUUUUUAUUUUAAUUUAUUUUUAUUAUAAAGGUUUCCUGCCAAAAGCUGGGUCGCUCUUUUGACCUUGAGAGAAAAAAACUGUUUCUCUGAAAAGGAAUCGCUUAUCAGAUUCUUUUAGUCCGCCUAUGUAGUUGUCUUUAAAAAAUUAAAAAUUUUGUUGGUGUUAGUUUGGUAUUUGUUUCAAUACAAUGAGAUGUAUAAACAAAGCCAUGUUGCAGAUGUUUCUUUGUCAUGAAUGAGGUUCCUGUAUUUUGCUGCAGCAGUGUUUCCAUCUCUCUGUCAAAAAUUGUUCACCCGUUUUUUCAGUUUCCCCUUAGGAUGAGGAUUGUUUAGACUGGCAAAUUAUCAAGCUGAAAUCUUUGUCUGCCUUUCUGGAAUUUUUUUGUUUGUUAUUUCAUCAGAUCUGAAUUUCUUUUGUUUGGGAUAGAUCUUUUGCCAGAGAUUUUCACUUCAAAUAUUCAGCACCAGGUCUUUUUUCAGAUUUUUUGUAAAAAGAUUGUUUUAGUUUAUAUUCAGAUACUAUUUUCUUCUCAUUCAAUUCUUCUCUUACUUGGUUCAAAAUUGAACUAUUCAGGAGCUUGAUAAUGAUAUUUUGAUUUAGGAAAUUAACAAAAUUUCAGUGGGAUUAAAGCCAUUAGAAAAUGUAAACUCUUGACCUAGAGACUUUUAAUAUUGGCUUUUGAGCUUGGGUUAUUGUUGUAUUUGCAUUCCAAAAUGUUACAACAAAAAAGUCUUCAUUUGUGAUAGUGGCAGUCAGAUCCUGUUCUUUAUUUAAGGUCUGUUCUUGUUUGCUGUUCAUUUGUCAUUGUAUUUGCUUCUUUAAUUUGGACAAAGUUUGAUUAUCUUAUGUCUCGUUAAUGCUUUAUUUUUAUAGGUAUACUGUAGGUGAUUUGCUACUAUUGACUAUUUGACCACUUUGACCUGUUACUCAUGAAUUUUGACCACUACCGUCUUUUUCUGACAUUUCAAGUUGUCUUUUCGUUGGUUUUAGUUUGUUUUGCUAGUUGGAUGUCCUUUUUCUGAAUUGCGCCACAUUUCACUUUCUGUUUUAGGGAUCAAUGUAUUGUGCAAUAUCUACUUCCAUUUGCACACACUGUGUAGGAAAACUGAAGUCUUAGUUAGUAUUGUUCAAAGUUAUUUCACUGGUUUUGAGUGUGUAUACUUUUCUUUCAUCGAAGGAAGGGAAUCAGUGUAGAGAACCAAUGUAUCCUACUGUUUUGUUUAAUUUUAAUUUUUGUUUUUGUGGCUUUGUUUGACUUAGAGAAUGAUAGGAAGAAGUGUUGCUGUAAACAAGGAAUUAUUUCAUUCAGAUGCCAACUGUUGGACCUACUUCACACUAGUCUCAUUUCUGUACACUCAAAAGGUUUGAUUUUAUUUUUAAAAUCUGCUGUGGUGUGUUUCAUGACCAUUUAGUAUUGUGACUUGUAAUAUGAAUUUUCAUGGCUCAUUUUGAUGGUAGCAUUCGUUUUCAAAAGUAAUAUGUAAGUUUUUUAUGUUUUUAUGUUUUCUCCAGUUGCUGAAAGUUUUUUUUUAUACAAUAUUAAAAAUAAUUUCUUUGAACGUAAAGUGUGCCUCUUCAAACUUAUAGGCAGAAUGUAUUCUAAAUGUCAAAAGAAAAUUAGUUUCACCUUCCGUCUUGCAACAGUGGAAUAAGAACAGGGUCUUAGAAUAAUAUACACGCCAAAUGAAAUGAACAGUAUUAAGCGUGCUGAAACUUCGGUUUCAUGAACUUGGGAAAUUGUACAAGAGAUGAAAUCAAUGUGGAGAUAAGAUUUUCCGUUUGCUUUAAUUUCCUUACACAUUUACUGAAGUGUUAUGGUCUUUUUGUUCCUUGAGUGUAUAAGUGUCAACUGUAAUGCAUUUCAUGUUAGAAUUGAAAUGAUUCUUAAUGUUGAAAAGGAGACUAUUUAAAAAUCAUGAAGGUACUGCUGAUAAUGUUCAUUGUGAGGAAAAA